GAAGAGACCACCGAUAGUGCACAAUCAACUGCGAAUGCCGUUCAAGACACCACGUAUGGCAUACAUACAACUACAGAGAUCCUAGAAGAGACCAGUGAUAAUAUACAAUCAACUACGAAUACCGAUCAAGACACUACGUCCAGUGUACAAUCAACUACAACGAUCAUGCAAGUGACUACUGACAGUAUACAACAAACUACGAAUGCCGAUCAAGACACCACAUACGGUGUACAAUCAACUACAGAGAUCGCGCAAGAGACCACUGAUAAUGUACAAUCAACUACGAAUGCUGCUCAAGACACUACGUCCAGCGUAGAAUCAACUACGGAGAUCCUAGAAGAGACCACAGAUAGUGCACAAUCAACUAAGGAUUCCAACCAAGGCACUACGUAUGGCAUACAACCAACUACAAAGCUCAUGCAAGAGACUACUGAUAGUAUACAAUCGACUACUCAAAUCAUACAAGAGAGUACUGAUAGUAUACAACCGACUACGAAUGCCGAUCAAAAAACUAGCUAUCCAGUAGAAACAACUAUCGAGGAUGCACGUACCACUACAAAUAUUGAAAAGGAAAGUACAACCAUGAUGGAGACAACUAAAUACGUACAAACAACUAUUAAUCAAACUACAACACCGUUUAUAGAAGAACAAUCUUCUACAAGUACAAUUCUGAUAUCGCCUCGGAUGUUACAAAUACCUGUAGUAAAUCAAGACUGUUCUCCAGCUACAAUCACAUUAAUUCCUGGAAGAUCGACAUUGUUAGCACCAGAACAAUUCCGACGAAAUCAAGAUUUUUAUAUCAGUUCAAAUAUUAAACUCAAUUGUAAUACUUCACUUUCAACAAUCCUUCAAUGGACAAUCAACAAUUGUAGUUCAACUGAUUGUUCUUCUGAAAUUCAAAUUGAUCAAACAAUUCCAACAACAAUAAGUGAACUUUAUAUUCCAGCUAGAACUUUAUCGUAUGGUAUUUAUGAAUUAACACUGACGGUUACCAUAGUUGCAUCAUCAAAUGAAAUUUCAUCAGCUUCUGUUUACAUUCAAAUUAAUCCAUCAGGUAUUACAGCAAAUCUUGUUCAAUUUGGAACUUCGAUGAUUACACGCGGACAUCAACAAGAUUUAUCAUUCGAUCCAGGAACAUUUUCCGUUGAUCCUAAUGGACUUUCCUUCAAUGCAUCUGAUUGGACUUAUGAAUAUUAUUGUCGAAUUUAUGGUCUUUACAAUUUUCCCAAUAUUCAAGGUACAUUAUUACCAAUUGAUGAUCGCAGAAUUGAUCCGUUAAAUCCAGCAUGUAUAUUAAAUCGAACAGAUAAUAGAAAAUCAUGGCAAUAUAAUGGAGCCAAUGAUUCAUUAAAAUCAUCAGUAACAAUUCUUUCUGAUUCACUUUUAUCAAAUCGAACAUAUCAAUUUAUGGUCUAUAUGGAAAAUCGUCAAAAUUCUUUAAUUCAAACCACUGGUUAUGUACUUGUUAAUGUUGUUGAUACUCAACCUCAAAUGAUCGUAAUUGCUUGUGUUAUAUCAACAAUGUGUGUACCAAAUAUAGAAUUUCAACUUUUAAAUCCAACAACUCAAGUUGCUUUAUAUUCUAUUUGUAUCGGAAAUUGUUCAUCUCUAAUAAAUAUUACAUGGAAUAUUUAUCAAGGUUUUAAUGCAAGUUUAUCAACUGUUCAAUGGGUAUCACUUAAUCAUUCGAUUCAAUAUGAAAAUAAUUGGCUUUAUGGUACAAAUACAAGUAAUUUCACAGCAUUAAAUCAAUUAUUUAUUAAUAAUCCAAAUAUUUUUUAUUGGCGAUUUGAAGUUGUUUAUUCAUUUCCAUCACUAAAAACUUCAAGUGCAUUAAAUUUUGUUAUUAAUCAACCUCCUCAAAAUGGUUCUUGUUCAAUUAGUCCUCAAAAUGGUACAACAAGUACUUUAUUUACUAUUUCAUGUCCAGACUGGCUUGAUGAAGAUGGAAUUCAAGAUUAUUCAUUAUAUAGUUAUUCAACAGAUCGUUCAAAAAAAGUAAUGAUUGCUUUUAGUACACUAUCUAGAUUUCAAGUUCGAUUAUCUUCUCAAAAUGAUAAUAUAUCAAUAGUUAAUCUUUUUAUUUAUAUUAGUGAUACAUUUGAUUGUAUUACUGAAUUUAAUAUAAGUUCAAUUAUUGUUACUACAGAUUCAUCGGAUAUUACGAAUUUAAUCAAUGCAUUACAAAGUCCUACUACAGGCUUAUUAAUAAAUAAUCCAAUUAUUCAAUUACUUUCAACUGGUAAUCAAAAUACUGUUGGACAAAUUCUUAGUUCACUUUCACAACAACUUAAUAAAAUCAAUGCAGAUGCUUUACAAAAUGCGAUUUCUAAUGGAAUUUCUGCUACAAGUAUUUCUAUUUCUCCAUUAGGAACUCAAACUUUACCAGUACCCACUGUACCAUUCAAUGAAUCGGCUCUGAUUGAAUACAAAAAACAAUUAAAUUUAUAUGCAAAUCUUCGUGACUAUUUAAUGUCUUUCAUCACAAAUCUUGUAAUUUCUACAUCAGACAGUAUUAUAUUACAAGCAUCAACAUUGACUCAACUCACUCAAUCAACAAAUCAAUUAACACGAUCCUCUGCAACAAUUGCAUCAAAUAAAUGUUAUCAAUUAGCUCAAGCUCUAUAUACAAUGUCAACACAAACUUCAUAUGAAGAUGUUCAAACUGCAGCUAGUCAAAUAGCUCAAUGUACUUCAAAUGUCCUAACUGCAAUUAAUGGUCCAUUACAAGGACGAACACUUAUUCUUGAUUUAGAUUCAUCUCGUGCAAAUACAAUUCCACAAGAUUAUGAUACGGAUCUCGAAUCUGGUUGGUCUAAUCUAAGUAUGAUAAUAUCGUUUUAG